ACCCGACUAUGAAAGUAGCGAUCUCCGGCGGAGCUCUCCGGAUGACUCGGGGAUGACGUUGAUUAGUACGGCAAACGCGUGAAUGGCCUUUAUUCUGGUGGUGCUGCUGCGUACGAGCGCAUUGUGACUUCUUCUACCCACGUGUUUAUAAUCUACGAAUACCCGCGAAGCAUGCAAUCCCGAGGGUCAGCGAUGGGCGUAAUUUCGUGGGUACUCCUACUCGUUGGCGUCCUGGAGUCCGUCGCCACGGAAUGGAACACGCAGGACUUCAUGAAGCGGGAACAUUCGCUGUACAGGCCGUAUCAAGGUACAGGCAUGACGAUACCUAAUUGGGAUUUCACAGGAAGUACAAUGGUGACUAAUAAUUAUAUCAGGUUGACACCUGAUUUACAAAGUAAACAAGGUGCCUUAUGGAAUUCUGUUCCAUGCCAUAUACGAAAUUGGGAAUUGCAAGUUCAAUUUAAAGUACAUGGAAAAGGAAAGGACUUAUUCGGAGAUGGUUUUGUCAUUUGGUAUGCUAAGGAAAGGAUGAAAUCAGGUCCUGUAUUUGGAAAUCAAGAUUAUUUCCAAGGAUUAGCAGUGAUACUUGACACAUACAGCAAUCAUAAUGGCCAACACAAUCAUCAACAUCCUUAUAUCUCAGCAAUGGUCAAUAACGGAUCUCUGCAUUAUGAUCAUGAUCGCGAUGGCACUCAUACGCAACUUGCAGGAUGUGAAGCAAAGUUCAGAAACAUGGAACAUGAUACACACAUAGCUAUAAGAUAUGAGAGAGAUACCCUAACUGUUUCUACGGAUCUUGCCAACAAAGCAGCAUGGAGGCAAUGCUUCCAAGUGAAUGAAGUUAAACUUCCAACAGGAUAUUAUAUAGGAAUUUCUGCUACCACGGGUGAUCUGUCUGACAAUCAUGACAUAUUAUCAAUUCGUUUGUAUGAAUUAGACUUACCAGAUGAUCCUAAGGAUCAAGAAGACAGAUCACAAAUUGUGCCAUCAGCAUCGUUCUAUGAUGCACCAAGAGAACGUAUAGAAGAUUCGAAGCAAUCUGGCAGUCUGAGUGGAAUAAAACUUUUCUUAAUCAUGUUAAUUUGUGCGAUUGCAUUAAUAGUCUGUGUCGUCAUUGCCAUUAUGCUUUAUCAGAAGCAUCAGGAAAAUAGUAGAAAACGAUUUUACUAAGUCAAGUUUGAGAUAGCGUGUGUCUUGAAUGUCGCAGCUUAUCAAUUUCUCCUUUAUCCGAGAUUUUUCAUAUAUAAAAGUGUAAAUUAUCAAAUGCUCAUAAGACUGUCCUUACUUGAUUUUUUGUUCUGAAAUUAGUAUGAGAAAUUUCUUUUGUAUGUAAGAAUAAAAGUUUAGGGUAAAGGAGAAACGUGUGUAUGUGUGUAUGCUAGUAUUCUAAUAAUUCCAAUAUUUGCUGAAUGUUGCCUCUAUUGAAUUAAUUGUCGAUGUCAUUGGGCUCAAUGUACAUUUAUUUGAUUUUAUUGUAGUCAGUAAAAAUACGUAUUUAUUUACAGUUCCUUUACCAAAGUUAUUACUUUUUGAAACACCAGGUAAAAUUUACAGAAAUAAGUUUUUACAUAUUCGACUUCUAAAAAAUAAGAUAGUAAGAUGGAAAGAGAUAUUAUAAUGAAUGUAUUAUGACAUGUACAUUGUUAACUGUAUUUUAGAAAGGUCUUGGAAAAAUUCAUAUAUUAUAUAUAUUAAUUUCAUGCCAAAUGCUCAUACACACAAGAUCUUUAUGGUGAUAUAUACUUUUUUCCAGAACCUUUUUGUCUAGGUUCAAAUUAAUUCUAAAGUCAAGUGAUUUUAAACAUUUAAGGAAAUAUAUACAUCACAGAUAAAAGGGAUAUUGUUUAAGGAGAUAAAAUAUAGAAAGCCCGCUUAAUUACUAUUUUUUGCAAUUUUUUUGCACAUUAAGUAAUUAUUUUCAUAUGCAGAUUAGGUACAUAAAAGACUUUAUUAAUAUAGAUUUUAUAUUUGUAUAUAUAGAAACUUAAUAUACUCGAAGCUCCCAUAUUGCAUUAAGUGAUAAAAGUAUUUGCAGCUUAUAGAUACAACUCUCUAAACAAACUAUUGAUAUAGUCAUAUUAAUUAUGCAGUGUUAGAAGCAUGUCUAACAUUGUAUGAACAUACAUGCAAUAUGGGAGGUUCUGCCGUAUUUCAAUAUAAAAUAACUCCAUAGUAAAACUGUAUUCUAAUUCUUUUAUAUGGAAACUAAGAAAAAGGGAACCAAACCGUUUAAAUAAACGUCUUGUUACUGACAUGAUGUUAUCAUUCAAAACAAUAAUGUAUCA